ACUCUAGAUCUCUGUUUUAGUGUUCUCCAACAAACCCUAGAACGGUGAUGUCUUUGUUUUGUGGAGUUUCAGUGGCCACUCUUCCUUUCGGUGCGGCUAGAUCUCCGCCGGCGAGUCUCCAAACUGGUGCCCAUAGAGUGACUUUUGGUCGUAGCCAUCGGUUCAGCCGCCUGAUUUCAUUCUCGGCGUUAAGUGCUAUCACCCCCACCUCGAAUCUGCUUAGCCUCCUCGAAUCUGAGAUCGAAAGCUCUGUUGUUAACGAAGACGCUCCCGACAAUGAAGAGUUGCCGGAAUGGUUUACUUUCCAAAUUAUUGAUCUUCCAACUGAACGAGUUGUGCGACUGAUUAGGAAGUUUGAUGAUGAAACCAUUAUUGUCUAUAUUGACCCUUCUGCGCAUCUGUUUGAUGAACAACCAAAGCUUCCUCAAGAUGAUGAAGAACUACUAGCUGGGAUUCCCAUGGUUGUCGAUGUGUCGAAAGAUGAUGAUGGUCUCUGUCUCGAGUUUGGAGUCAACGCUUUCGCCGCUGAGAUUGUCAUUGACAGUUUAGUUGUCCAACAACCCCAUGAACCUAAGUAUCCUUACCAAGGACCUGACUUUGAUGACUUGGAUGAGAAUUUGCAGAGGGCUUUCCACAAGUUUUUGGAGAUCAGAGGGAUCAAUCUCACCCUCACUAACUUUUUGGCAGAUUAUAUGGUCAACAAAGACAAGAGAUCGCAUCUUCAAUGGCUCAAGGAUGUCAAGUCUUUUGUUUUGACAUCUGAAAACUCUCAAUAAGAGUGAAACUUCUAGGUGAGUUUUAUGAACUUGUUAUCACCAUUAUCAAUAAUUGUAAGGAGUUGCUACAUUUGAUUUAAUUUGGUAGUUAUUAUUCAGAACUUAUGUUAU